UUUCAUAUAACCUCAAAAUCGCUACCAAAUAUCUCUUGCAAUACAUUUCAUCAUGUCUAACAUUAAUAUUACAUACUUUAUUUUGUUAUUAUCCUUUACUUUCCUUCUCCAAACUAGCAUUAGAGUUUCAGCGGUACAACCACUCUAUCACUUUUGUUCAUCCACCACCGGAAAUUUCACUUCCAAUACCAUCUAUGAAAAGAACCUUAACUCACUCUUGGGUAAUUUGCAGAGAGAUAUUUCUCCUCUAGGAUUUUCGCACGCAGUAUCUCGAAUACGUCCGUCUUGGUUCUUUGGAAUUUCUCUCUGCCGAGGAGAUGUAAAAUCCCCGAAGUGUAACGCAUGUGUUCGACAUGCUAGUAUCGAACUUCGCAAGAUUUGCCCUUAUAACAAAGGGGCAAUUAUAUGGUAUGACGAUUGCUUGUUGAAGUAUUUAGACCAAAGUUUCUUUGGUAAAAUUGAUACCAAAAACAAAUUUUAUUUGUUGAAUGUUGCUAACGUAAGUCAUGAUCCUAAUUUAUUUAACCAAAACGUUAAGGGGUUAUUGAGUAAGUUAGCUCUCGAGAGUGCUAACACUAAGGAACGUUUCUCAUUUGGAAGCAUGAAGCUCGAUACAUUUACAAACUUAUAUGGAUCAACUCAGUGUACCCAAGAUUUGUCGAAUAAAGCUUGCAAAAUUUGUUUGGAUGAAGCCAUACGUGAGCUGCCAAAUUGUUGUUAUGGAAAAAGAGGAGGGAGGAUAAUAGGUGGGAGUUGUAACAUGAGAUAUGAGUUAUACCCUUUUGUCAAUUCCUAGGAAAUUAAGAUUCUAUCAUAAACCUUUGUUAUAUGGAUGGAUGUAAUUUAUUCUUUAUUGUUCAACUCAUUGAGAGAUUUUUCAAUGAUUAAUUAAGAAAUUUACUUUUGGAUCCACCCUACCUAUAAUAAAGGGUAAUGUGUUUGUCUUAA